AUGUUCCUCAUGGAAACUAAGAACCAAGAUGAAACGGUUCUUCGUAUGUUUCGCAACACUGAUUAUGUAAACCAUUUCACAGUACCUCCUGUCGGACAGAGCGGUGGCUUAUGUCUUUCUUGGACAAAUGAGGUUCAAAUCGAUAUUUUGUCUUCUUCGCCAAAUCUUAUCGAUGUACAACUUACUUGGAAAAGCUUCUCCUCUCUUGUAUCCUUUGUCUAUGGCCCGCCCAAGGCCAAAGAUAGACCUGCUUUCUGGGAAUCUAUAAACCUCUUAGGGGCAGGACGCGAAGAUGCAUGGCUUCUUUCUGGGGACUUUACCGCCCUUUUGCAUAAUGACGAGAAAGUAGGAGGGCCUCCUCGCUGGGAAGGUUCCUUCCUAUCCUUGAGAAGCUUCGUGUAUCAAAAUGGACUAUGGGACUUGCAACAUUGCGGUAAUGAUCUAUCGUGGAGGGGGACUCGCUAUAACCAUCUCAUCCACUCCAAACUGUAUCGAGCUAUGGAUAAUGUGGCUUGGUUGGAAUCCUUCCCAUCAGGCAGUUGUGAGUACCUCAACUUUGAGGGUUCGGAUCAUAGGCCAGUACUUAUCUUCUUCGAUCAGAACUUGAAGCGAAACAAUGGCCUAUUUAGAUUUGACCGGAGAUUAAAAGAAAAACCAGAAAUUCGGGAACUGGUCCAAGAUAAUUGGGGUGCAGAAGAAGCUACUGCCUCAGUCAUCUCCAAGAUCUCCAGAGUGCACGCCAAAAUUGUGGAGUGGACUAAGCUUCAAAACCUCAACAGCAAGUUGGACAUAGUUGAUUUGCAAAAACGGCUGGAAGAGGCUCUUACAAGUACCUCUCACGACCCGGUCCUCAUUGGCAACCUCACCACCCGUUUAGAAAAAGCCUUUAAAGAUGAGGAGGAGUUUUGGCGCCAACGGAGCAGAAUCAUGUGGCUUCAAGCGGGAGACAGGAACUCUAGCUACUUUCACGCAACGACCAGGGGCAGGAGAAUGAGAAACAAAUUCUCUGUUAUUGAAGAUGCUGCAGGGAGGCCGGUGUAUGAGGAAACGGAAAUAGUGAAUACCAUCUCACAACACUACUCCGACCUUUUCACCUAUGGCUUCUCAGGCUCUCUGGACAUUUUUCGAGAAACGAUCAGACCGCUAGUUUUAGAGGACAUGAACAAAGGGCUUAUAACGACCCCAACCCUGUCAGAAAUCCGUACUGCAGUUUUCUCCAUCAAUCCGGACAAAGCGCCGGUUCCGGACGGCUUCUCAGCCUCCUUCUACUAG